AUGGUAUUUAAACAAAUUAUUUCGUAUUUAUUGUCAUUACUUGAACGCUCAAAUUUGGAUUUAAUUUAUUUGGCAUGGUUAUGGACAUUAUUUAAACCAUUAUGUAUUUUAUUGUUAUCAUUAUUUUUAUUACCAGCUGUUAUUCUUAUAUUUAUGUAUGGUUCAUCACUGUUCUGUUUAAUUUAUAAACAUUGGAAUAAUUUAAAAGCAGCAUAUUCAGAAGAUCUUUGGUAUGGAGCUAUUAAAACAUUAGCUGUUUUUUGGGAAUUACAAGCUACGAUAUGGCAUGGUUAUGAAGUAGAAGGAUUGGAAAAUAUUCCAAGUACAGGACCAGUUCUUAUUAUUUUUUAUCAUGGUGCAUUACCAAUUGAUUUCUAUUAUUUAUUUGCUAAAAUAUGGCUGUAUCGUAAUCGACGUAUACGAGUUGUUGCCGAUAAAUUUGUAUUUAAAAUACCUGGACUUGGUGCUCUACUUGAAGCACUUCAAAUUCAACCAUCAACAUCAUCUAUGUGUAAACUGAUGCUUGAAGAAGGACAUGUACUUGCUAUAGCACCUGGUGGUGUACGAGAAGCACUUUUUAGUGAUCAUAACUACCAGUUGAUAUGGAAAGAAAGAAAAGGAUUUGCUAAAGUUGCUAUUGAAGCGAAAGCGCCCAUCAUUCCAAUGUUCACGAAAAAUUGUCGAGAAGCUGUACGAGCGAUGACAUUCGGUCGCCGUGUUUUAAGUUAUAUCUAUGAAAAAACUCGUUUACCACUUGUACCUAUUUAUGGAAUAUUUCCAGUAAAAAUGAUUACUUAUCUUGGACAACCUAUUCCGUAUGAUCCUGAUGUAACACCUGAAAUGCUUGCUCAUCGAGUUAAAACUGAAAUUGAAAAAAUGAUAGAUACUCAUCAACGACGUCCAGGUAGUAUAACAAGAGCUUUUCUGGAUCGAUUUAUUGAUUCAUCAAAAAAAAAUUAA